AUGGCAAUUGAUGCUGGUGACCUAGGGAUCACUUCAUUCCUGUUGCAGGAUCAUGAGCAAAGAAUUGAGAAGCCAGUGGAGGAUCUCUCUGAGGAAAUGGGCCAGAGGAAGCGCACGACUCCACCUGCAGCAAAGGAACAGCUUGUGCGGCUGUGCAGAUGUGUCUGUGGUUAUAACAGUGUAUCUGGUUGCUUAUGUCCAUCGCAUUCGAUUGAGGUGACAAAUGUUCUAUGCAGUGUUGUCUGGUUCCUCUUUAAACAAGUUGCAGACAACUACCACCAGAAUGUCAUGAAUGAAUUUGCCCAGGUGUCCCACAACACCAAAGCAGUCAAACUAAUACAAAUACAAGCCGGCUGUGAUUGCAACUCCAACGAUGCUCCUGCUGCAGCCUCUCAGCUAGCCAGACCAGACUGUGUAGCCAAUGCUGAGGUGAUACAGUCUAAAAUCACAACCCAGAGGCCCAGAGCUGCUCAGAAAGAAGACGAAUCCAGUAAAAAGAUGUAUCUCAAAUCAAGUCCCUAUCACAGACUGAUGAACUAUCGAUGUCUUCUCUUUCAUUUCUUCAGCUUUCACAUUGGAAAAGCAAUAGUUGGUGCUGAAUUUACAUUUUUUGGAUGCGUGGAAGGUCACAUUACUGUAAUUCAUCACAACACUAGCAUAAGCCCGUGUCCAUUGAGAGCAGACGCUCCUCUCAUGGGGAAAGGUCCAUCUUCCUGCACACAAGAUACUGCAGCAACUACACCUGAAGCUUCAUCAGAAAUCUGCAUCACUUGGAACGGACACAUUGGCCAAAUCUAUUUCUCCAGAAUCAGCAAAUCACCAUUGAGAGGUCACAUAUUUCAAAUAUGCAAAUUGACUGAGUUCUUAAGGAUGGAGCUAGUGAAUCUAAAUGGUACGAUAAAUGCAAUGAUGUUUACCCAAAGAAACAUGGAGGAAUGCAAGAAGUGCAUUUCAAACUGCCUGGUGUCUGAUCUAUGCAAGAUCCUGAAGGAAAUUGAUUUUCCGAUGGGCAAUAAAACUUCUGUACUUCCAAAUGUCAAGGCUGCUGCAUUCAUAAUGAUUCAACAUGGUAUUCCCAUAUUUCAGGUUACUGCCAAUUUCAGUUGGCAAUCGAUAAUGCACAGCAACCCUGAGGAACAAGGGACAGGAUCAAAAUCCUCUAACACUACCUCUAGUUCUGGAGAGAGACACUCCAAAUCCAGCGAACUCUCAUCAUCAAAGACUUCGCCUGGCCUGUCUACCAGCUCAGACAUUUCUGCCUCGAAUGUUGUUAACUCUGACUCAAGCAGUGAUCUAACAGCAACUACAACACAGAAUACCCAUUCCACUCACAUCACUGUCACUAGACCAACGACAGGCAGACCUCAUGAAACAUCCUUGGAAUCAAGCACCAGCAUGCUCUCUUCAGCAGGUGUGAAUCAGAGUUGCGAUCAUUUGCAGCGACAGCUGAAUGAAAGUGAAUAUUGCACGAGUGAAGUUGAAAUACUGAACAAAUUCAUUCAGAGAUGUGUCAACCAAACUCAUGAGACAGCUUCAUUUACCUCAGUUUUGGAAAGUCAACUACAAUAUGUAGGUUGUAAAGAGGAAAGACAAGUUGUUGAAACAGAGAAUGUAAUAUUUUAUAUUCAAGAUAUAGAUGCUGAAAAUUUUACAGGUCUCCAGUUCCCUAAUUCAGAUACGGAGAAUAUCUCUGCCUUUGACAUAACAACUAGAAUCAGUCUGCCACCAACUCUCCUGGAUGGUGUCAACAUUGCAAUGAACAUGGUACAAAGUAGAAUAUUACUGUUUAAGGAUGCAAGACUGUUCCAGGCUAAAAAUCAAACUAUUUUAAGUAGAGUGGUUGGAAUUCAAGUGGGGAACAGUACGUUUGAUAAUCUGACAGACCCUGUGAUAAUUGUGUUUAACAAACCAUCACCGGUAAAUGACACUCCAAAAUGUGUCUUCUGGAAGUUAGAACAAAAUGGGAGCACCGUUGAGGGUCACUGGAGCCAUUCUGGCUGCACAACGACAAUCACAGUCAAUGAAGUCACGUGUCAAUGCAAUCACCUGACCUUCUUCGCUGUCUUGCUGCAAAUCGAUGGGAACCCACCAGUGGAUGAGAAGACUUUGAAAUUACUAACAUAUAUCACCUGGAUUGGUUGUGGUGUUUCUGUCAUUUUCACAGUAAUUACUCUAAUCAUCCACUUUAUUCUCAGAAAAAGACAAACGGACCCUUCCAUCCAGAUCCAUGUGAAUCUCUCUGCUGCCUUGUUUCUUCUCAAUGCAAACUUCUUAACCAGCACAGUGUUCAGUUUCAGUAGCUCUGAUGAGUUCUGUAAAGCCAUUGCUGCCCUGCUGCAUUACUCACUUCUUUGUAGCUUUACAUGGAUGGGAAUUGAAGCAUUUCACCUGUACCUUAUGGUGAUCAAGGUGUUCAACAUUUACAUUCGUUUUUACAUGCUGAAACUCUGCCUUCUCGGUUGGGGCUUCCCAGCUGCUGCAAUUUUAAUCAUCAUUGGAAUAAGCACAGACCAUUAUGGCCGAUAUUCAAUUCCCGUCGAUGGCAAUCACAACCCGACUGAGAUGGUUUUUCAUAUUCCUGUGGUACUGCAUGUUAAUACGAUUGCCCAGUAGCACGGUCAGCGAGACAAGUAAUAAUACAAUUCUUGAAUGAAGACAACUGAAACGUGCGCCCAUCUAUUUCUAAAUUGCUUACAUCUUGCUUUGAUUUAAUUUCUAACCA